AUGCUGGAAGUCAAUGUUUUGUGUGCUCUGAAUCGAAGUGACACUGCAGAAAGGCCUUAUCAGUGCAGUGAAUAUGGGAAAGCUUUUAGCAACAGUAACAGCCUAGGUGAUCAUGAAGCUUUGCACACUAAUGAAAGGCCUUAUGAGCGCAGUGAAUGUGGAAAAUCUUUUACCAAUAGCAGUGCCCUCCAUUAUGAUCAGAGAGUGCUCACAGCAGAAAGGCCUUAUGAGUACAAUGAGCAGGGAAAAUCUUUUACCAGGAGCAAUAACCUUCAUGGUCUUCAGAACUUUCACACUGGAGAAAAGCCUUAUAUAUGUAGUGAAUGUGGGAAAGCUUACACCUAUAGGACUAAACUUUUACGUCAUCAUUAUAGAGUGCACAGUGCAGAGAGACCUUAUCACUGCAGUGAAUGUGGGAAAUCUUUUAUCACCAGCAGUAAACUGAGUUGUCAUCAGAUACUUCAUACAGGAGAAAAGCCGUAUAAAUGCAGUGAAUGUGGGAAAUCUUUUGCCACUAAGGCCUACCUUCACAGUCAUCAGAGAGUUCACACAGGAGAAAAGCCUUAUAAAUGCAGUGAAUGUGGGAAAUCUUUUGCCACUAAAGCCCACCUUCACAGUCAUCAGAGAGUUCACACAGGAGAAAAGCCUUAUAAAUGCAGUGAAUGUGGGAAAUCUUUUGCCACGAAGGCCCACCUUCAGAGACAUCAGAGACUUCACACUGGAGAAAAGCCUUUUAAAUGCACUGAAUGUGGGAAAUCUUUUACCACUAAGUUUCAACUUCAUUGUCAUCAGGGAGUUCACACAGGAGAUAAGCCUUAUAAAUGCACUGAAUGUGGGAAAUCUUAUACCAGUAAGACUGACCUUUGUACUCAUCAGAGAGUUCAUACAGGAGAAAAGCCUUAUAAAUGCAGUGAAUGUGGGAAAUCUUUUACCAGUAAGGCCCAGCUUCGCUGUCAUCAGAGAGUUCACACUGGAGAAAAGCGUUAUCACUGUAGUGAAUGUGGGAAGUCUUUUAUCACCAGCAGUGAUCUUUGUCGUCAUCAGAGAGUUCAUACAGGAGAAAAGCCUUAUAAAUGCAGUGAAUGUGGGAAAUCUUUUACCACUAAGGGCCACCUUCGCAUUCACAUUCAGAGAGUUCACACUGGAGAAAAGCCUUAUAAAUGCACUGAAUGUGGGAAAUCUUAUACCAGUAAGACUGACCUUUGUACUCAUCAGAGAGUUCAUACGGGAGAAAAGCCUUUUAAAUGCAGAGAAUGUGGGAAGUCUUUUAUCACCAACCGUAAUCUUGGUCAUCAUCAGAGAGUUCAUACAGGAGAAAAGCCUUAUAAAUGCAGUGAAUGUGGGAAAUCUUUUACCACUAAGUUCAACCUUCACAGUCAUCAGAGAGUUCACACUGGAUAA